AUGAGUACUGCAAAGAAGAUACCGACCCGUCACCUCGGCGAUAAUGGUCCCAUUGUCAGCGCUAUCGGACUCGGGACCAUGGUGAUCGGUUCUUUCUACGGGAACACCGAUGAAGCAGCUGAAUAUAAGGCACUUACCUAUUCCGCGGACCGGGGCGUGACUUUCUGGGACACCGCGGAUGUCUAUGGCACAACCGAGCUUACUCUCGCCAAAUGGUUCGCAGGGACGGGCCGUCGGUCUGGAAUAUUCCUUGCGACCAAGUUCGGUGCAGCCGAUCCUGAGGGCAAGUUCGGGGGUGGUCAGGCUAUCUCAACGCCGAGUUAUAUCAAACACGCACUCGAACGUUCACUCAAGCGUCUUGGAACGGACUACAUCGACUUGUAUUACCAACACCGCGUCGAUCCAAGUGUGCCAAUUGAGGUCGUGAUCGAAACACUUCGCAAGCCGAUUGAGGAAGGUAAGAUUCGCUGGAUUGGCUUGAGCGAAUGUAGCUCGGAAACAUUGCGACGUGCGAAGGCCGUCAAGGGUGUCGGAGAGAAGGUCAUUGCUGCACAAAUGGAAUUCAGCCCAUUCACUCUCGAUGUCGAGAAGAGUGGUUUUGCAAAGACUGCGGAGGAGCUUGGUGUUUCCAUCGUCGCAUAUAGCCCGCUUGGGCGAGGCUUGAUUUCUGGCAGGUUCCGCUCUCGUGCAGACUUCGAUGCGAACGACGUUCGUUUGCUCUUCCCGCGUUUCUCAGAGGAGAACUUUCCAAAGAAUGUCGAGCUCGUCGACAAAAUCAAGACAAUCGCUGACAAAUACAAUGCAACUCCAAGCCAGGUCACUCUAGCUUGGAUCCUUGCAACAUCUCAGAAUUACAUACCAAUUCCUGCGUGCCGCUCUGUCGAGCGAGUUGAAGAAAAUGCUCACAGUGCCGAGCUGCGACUCGCACCGGAGGAUGUCCACGCGAUACGCACUCUCACUGAAGCCGCUGACAUCCGUGGAGAGAGAUAUCCCUCUGCCUACAUGGCACAUCUCGAAGGCAAUUGCAUUCAGCUGGAAGAGUGGAAGGGAGAAUGA